AUGUCUCAACGCCAACAAUGGGUUUUCCCCGUGCCUCCAAAGAGCCAGACGCAAAACUCCAAUGCGGCUCGGCUUCUGGUUCCAUCAACUUCUCAAGUUUUGAACAAGCGCCGCGUCAGCGAGCGCACCCAGGCAGCAGCUGAAGUUGAAGAAACCUCUUCAAAGCACGUCAAAACCACGCCGGCGACCAAAACAAAGCAAAUCACUUCUGUAAAGAAAGCAAAGCAAACCCAACCGACCUCCGGCAAAUCGAAGAGUCAAGCAAGAAAGGCAAAUCAAUCUACCAAAGGUAAACAACGCAAGGUUACGCCGCCUCGUACUCCGACUCCCACACCCACUCCCUCACACAACCAUGAUCGUGAAGUUUCAUGGUCUUCUUGGACCGGAGCCUAUGGGUGA